AAUGAUCCUAGUGUCCUAUUAGAAGAGAGGGGAGAAGGAAAGUAAGAAAGGAAAAAUAAGACUAGUUUGUCGCGUGUCACGUCCCAAUCCCAAUCAAAAGAACCCCAACAAAGUAAGAAACGGUCUCUGCUCCCAACUACAGACCCCAACCCAAAAUCACAUUCAACUUCAUCCCCUGUUUCAUACUCUGCUUUUUCUUUCUCAUAUUUUCGUUCAUUCCUUCAUUCCCAGUUUCCACCCAUUACCCACAAUUAACAAUUUCUCUCGCCAUGCCAUCACGACAAUUGUCAACGUUAGCACCGCCUCCCAACCACCACAACCACCGCGUCUCAACCACUCUCGUUGCUUCCACCGCCUCCGUUUGCUCUGUUUUCUUUUUACUUCUCCUCUGCUUCCGCAAGCGUAAACGCACCACCCCCUCCUCCGACUCCGACUCUAACCCUCCUCAUCCGUUCUCCUACCCCGUCCUCCGCCGCGCCACCAACUCGUUCUCGACUCGCCUCGGCCACGGCGGCUUCGGCCCCGUCUUCUCCGGCACCCUCGCCGGCGAGCCCGUGGCCGUCAAGCUCAUGGACUCCGCUUCCCUCCAGGGCGAGCGCGAGUUCCACAACGAGCUCUUGUUCGCAUCCAGACUCCGGUCCCCUUUAGUGGUCCCCGCAAUCGGAUUCUCCUCCGACCCCAAACGACGCCGUUUCCUCCUCGUCUAUCACCUCAUGCACAACGGCAACCUCCACGACGCUCUCUUGCGACGCAAAACCCCUCACCUCACGCUCUGGAAAAACCGCUUCUCCAUAAUCCUCGACGUCGCAAAAGGAAUCCUCUACCUCCACUCCCUCGACCCCCCCAUAAUCCACGGCGACAUCAAACCUAGCAAUAUUCUUCUCGACAAUUCCUUCUCCGCAAAACUCGCUGACUUUGGCCUCGCGCGCUUAAAAUCGGAGAUAGAAGAAUUCAAACUAAAACGCGAGGAAAAGAAAAAGGAAGAGUCAGAGAGCGACGCCGGGUCCGAAUUAGAAACUCAGAGCGUCAACACUGAACAGUCAUUUGAUGAUGCUGGUAGACAGAACACUGCCUCGGAUUAUGUGAAGGAUUGGAUUGGGAAGGAGGUGAAAAAAGAAAGGCCGAACGAGGUGAAGAAGAAUGGUUAUGCUGUUGCUGCAGCAUCGAGUAGCGGAAUUGUGGAGAAGAAGAAAAGUAGUAGGAAGAAAUUGGAAUGGUGGGAAUCCAUGGACGAUAGUGGAGUUUUGAAGAAGGAAAAGAGAAGGCAAGCGAGGGAAUGGUGGAAGGAGGAGUAUUCGGAGGAGCUUUCAAGGAAGAAAAAGAAGAAGAAGAAGAAGAAGAAGAAGAAGAAGAGAAAGGGUAAUGAUGAUGAUGAUGAUGAUGAUAAUAAUGUGGAGGUAGAUGAUGUGUACGGUGAUGCACAUGGUUACAAGAGGGAGAAGAACCGGAGUAGGAAAAGUGGUGGCAGUGUAGAUUCAUGGUUCAGCGGGGAGCUACGUGGAAUUGGGUGGAAUAGUUAUGAUUCAGCGACGGGGAGUGGAGAGAUAGUAGCAAAGAGUGGGGGUGUGAGUAGCACUCCGAGUAUGAGGGGAACGGUUUUCUACGUUGCACCCGAGUAUGGUUACAAUGGGGAUGCGUCAGAGAAGUGUGACGUGUACAGCUUGGGGGUAUUGUUGCUGGUUAUUGUAUCAGGGAGGAGACCGCUUCAGGUGAGCGGUUCGGCGAUAUGGGAGUAUAAGCGUGCGAAUCUGGUGUCUUGGGCGAGGCAAUGCGAGCGGAGAGGGAAGCUUCUGGAAGUGGUGGAUGAGAGCGUUGAAGGGUUGGAUAAAGAGCAGGCUAGUCUGUGCGUGACGGUUGCGUUGAUGUGUUUGCUAAAGUCACCUGCUCGUCGUCCUUCCAUGAAGGAGGUUGUGGGAAUGCUCAGUGGGGAGAUGGAGCCUCCGCAGUACUCACUGCAGCAGCAACAGGCCAAGUUCCCGUUCCAGCCUCCGAAAGUAGGCCCAUGAUUUCCAAGUUUCAUACACCUGCUUACUUUUUUUCAUUAACAGUCACUGUCAGAAAAGUUGUCUUCUUGCCAUUCGAUGCUUUCCCCAUUACUGUUCCACUUUUUGGUUCUUUUUUAUUUUAUUUUUUUCACUUUUUCAUGGUUUUGAUCAUUUUACGUUGUGGACUUCUAGAUGGUGGAAAUUGAUUGACCCAUUUUUCUUUCCCUCUGACUUUUAGGCUUGCAUUGCAAAUCAUGGUCCGUGCUUUAGUUUUGUGGAGGGCCAUCUUUUGUACUAGUUCACAUUACUUUUGGAAUAGUAAUGCCUACUAGAAGUAAUUCAUAUAUUGGAAAUUGGAAUUUUGAUUUGCA